AUGUUCACCGAUCGAACUCGAUAUCCUAUUUUGACGGGCUAUCACCACCUCCUUACAACACACCAUCAUCCCAUCUCUCACAUCCCCUCUCACAAUCCCCCUCACAUCCACCAUCACAACUCCCCUCACAUCCACCCUCACAUCCCCCCUCACAUCCACCCACAGGACAUCCUCCGCUACCGGGCUAUCACCACCUCUAUACAACACACCAUCAUCCCAUCCCUCACAUUCCCUCUCAAAAUCCCCCUCACAUCUACCCUCACAUCUACCCUCACAUCCACCCUCUCAACCACCCUCACAAUCCUCCUCACAUCCACCCUCACAACCACCCUCACAAUCCCUCUCACAUCACCCCUCACAUCCACCCUCACAUCCACCCUCACACCCACCCACACAACCACCCUCACAUCCCCCCUCACAUCCCCCUCACAUCCCCCCUCACAUCUACCCUCACAUCCACCCACAGGACAUCCUCCGAUGCCGGGCUAUCACCACCUCUAUACAACACACAAUCAUCCCAUCCCUCACACCCCCUCUCACAUCCACCCUCACAUCUACCCUCACAUCCACCCUCACAUCCACCCUCACAUCCACCCACAGGACAUCCUGCGAAGCCUUUCUAUCCCCACCUCUAUACAACACACCAUCAUCCCAUCCAUCACAUCCCCCCUCACUAUCCCCCUCACACACACCCUCUCACAUCCACCCUCACAUCCCCCCUCACAACCCCUCACAAUCCCCCUCACAACCACCCACACAUCUCCUAUCACAUCCACCCUCACAUCCACCCUCACAUCCACCACAGGGUAUCCUCUUUUGCCGUGCUAUCACCACCUCUAUACAACACACCAUCAUCCCAUCCCUCACACCCCCUCUCACAAUCCCCCGUCACAUCCACCCUCACAUCCACCCACAGGACAUCCUCAGAUGCCGGGCUAUCACCACCUCUAUACAGCACAUCAUUAUCCCAUUCCUCACAUCCCCUCUCACAAUCCCCCUCACAUCCCCCCUCACAUCCCCCCUCACACCCCCACUCACAUCCCCCCUCACAUCCACCCACAGGACAUCCUCCGGUGCCGGGCUAUCACCACCUCUAUACAACACAUCGAGUUUGACGUACCGGACGCUGGUCAGCAGGUCAAGUUCAGGUCAGUUGAGUCAACAGUUCGGUCAGAAAUCACCUGA